AUGGUUGCAAUGGCGAGUAAAACAAAACUUGUUACUAUUUUACAGCAAUGUUUUGAAUGUCGAAAGACAUACAGCACUCCACAAUCCCUUCGAGAACACAUGCAAAAGCACAAUAUACAAUUGCCACAACGAAUAACAGGAAUCAGACGAUAUAAUAAUGAUGAAUAUACCUAUGUUAAGGCUACCAAAUCACACGAUGACAUUGAGAAGCACUUUGGCUGCCCUGCAUGCAUCGCUCAUUGUAUGGAAAUCGACGAGUUGAAGACCCAUUAUUAUGCCAACCAUUUAGAAACCUUGCCAGAACAAUCACAGACGACAUCGCAGGAAGAACCAGCGACAGGGCAACAACAAAGCUACAACAGCCAAGACCAGCCUAACAAACGUCGCUUAAGCAAUAUCCUUGGAACUGAGUUGUUGGAUCCAUUAUGCCUAUCGUUUCCGCCUCUUGAUCACGAUGACCAUUUGUUGGUACAAAACUUCGAUGCAACAAUGGCGUUUCAUAAGCUGCAGCUCUCAUUAUGUCAACACAAAUGGAAACUAUCACUCGAAAAUCACAUCCACUGCGCCAUGGCAGCCACCCACAUUUUGCUCUUGUCACGAAAUCAGUACCCAGAGGAUUUAUCACCCUAUUUCAGCAAUCACGACCUCAAGGCAACCAUCAAUGGGAUUGAGACAAAAUAUGGCAUUAGAAAGCUUCCUAUGUCAAUGGCGACGACUACCAGCAUGAUCGGCAUCGCUCAAAAUCUUACCAUGGGAGUAAUCAGUCGAGAUAAAGCGAUUCUUCCUCCUGUACCUAUUGCAGAAGACAUCAACGAAUUUGAACUUAGCACUCGAUACGUUGAUCCUUUUUUAUCCGGUUUAUUUGACGAUCCGGACGAGGGCAUAUACCUACGGUGGACUAAUGAAAUAACUUUAGAAGCUCGACAGAAUGAAGAUUUAUCAACAAAACGUCCCGAUAUAUGUAUAAGUCGUUUACAUGGGAUGACAUGGGCGUCGAAUCAUGGCUAUGGGGAAGUUAAGUCAGCUGCUCAAGGUGGUAACAAUUAUUCGAUUUGUCGGGAUCUACUUCGCGUUGGUAUAUUCUGCAAGAAUGCUCUCGAUACACAUAACAUGGAAGGUGUACUGGGUCUGCAGGUUAUUGGAAGAAUGGUUACGUUUUAUGUCUUGGUUUUGCCAUCAACAGGACUUUAUGUCAUGUACGAGCUGGAAAAAAUCAAGAUUCCUAGCUGCUUGGAUGAUUUAACUAAACUUAUUGUGGAUAUGCCUCGCGUUUGUCGCGUACUUGACACCUUCAAUCGCAUCUGCAAACCAUCAGUCCAUCAAACAAUGCCUAGCCGACACCGCCCAACGAUCACGACGUCUGCCUUCAAUGGCGUUUUUUCACCAUCCCAAGAUCGCAAAAGAUCAUGUCAUUUGAAAUAUCAACAUAAUUAG